CCAAGCAGGAUCAACCAAGAAACUGUCGCCAUAAAACAGGACACCCUCCAAUGCCAAACAGCAAACCUCCAAAUCCCACCACCUGAAUUUCCUCGCCACUUUCCUUCUUCUCUCCCACCAGAAACGCGGACGCGCAAAGCCUCACCGCGUCACGACUCACGCCACGCCUCCGAUGCUCGCCGGCGUCGUCGGCUGCCUCCGGCGAUGCCAACGAGCCCGCUGAAGCGCACGUCCGGCGGCAGCGGCGGCCGCCUGCGCCGCCUCCUGGCGUCCCUCCGCCCGCCGGCCCGCGCGGGGCCGCUCCCUGUGCAGACCGGCUUCCCGACCUCCCUCGCCGACAUCGUCGUCAAGAACCACGGCCGCCUCAGGAACUCCAGACGGCGACACCGCGCACCCGGCGCCGCCGUCCCGCCGGCCGCGGAGCUCCAGCAAAGGAGCAACCUUUCGGUGUCUCAUCACGACGCGGCGGCACCGGCACCGGUACCGGUGACGACACGCCCAGGCAAAGGCGCGGGCUUCAGCAUCCGGCCGGGUCUCCUCGUGGCCGGCGGCGCCGUGGCGCUGGCGCUGCUGGUGAUCUGGAGCAAGCAGCUGGUGGCCGCGGCCACGCUCGCUUCGGUGGCGCUGUCCUGGAUCGAGUCCGCUAGGACCGUUCAUGUUCGGCGGCCGGAGACGGAGGAAGGGGUGGAUUGGAGCCGCGGAUCCGUCUCGCCGAUCCGGGACGCGGCGGUGUCGCCCAGGCCGAGCUGCGGCGAGUGCGCGUCCUACGACGGAGGCAGCGAUGCGGCCUGGCUCUGCUUUCCCGACGCCGAUAGCGGCGACGACUCGUCGUCGGCGGUGAAUAACCAGAAGCGGAAACAGAGCAGGAGGUCGCUGCGGAAGCUACUUUCCAGCAAGUUGCGGAACGUCAAGACGCCCCGGGCCACGGACUCCCGCUCCCGCCACGGCGGCGACGCAGGCGAGCACGAGCACCCGAGCGGCGGCGAGGCCAACGUCGAGCCCGCAGCAGCAGCAGCAGCAGCAUCUGCUGGUGCUCCCGCCAGGGAGACCAUGCCGGCGCCGCCACCGGAGGCGAUCACAUACGACGAUCGCUGCUGCCGCCGCCGACGCGGGCGCGCAUUGCCGUUGCCCGCGUUGGUGCCGAUCAUCCUGGUCGGGCUCGUCGCCGGGAAGCUCCCGGCGCUGGCGCUGGCCGUGCUCUGCGCGGCGUUCUCCUCCAGGUCAGUCGAGAGAAUUCCAGUUCCAGUUCCUGCCAGUGGUGAUCCGAUUCCGAAGGUAGCAGCAGGUAGCUAGCGGAGUGUUCUUGUGUUGCAGCUCGGAUUCUGCCCCGGAACGAGAACCGACCGAGGGAUCAGAAUCCGGAUCAAAUUUGUUUUUCUUGUAAUUGCAUUCCUUCUUGAAUCCGAAUAAGAAGAAGUGAAAUGGGUGACAGAAGAAAACUGAUUUUCUUGUAAAGGCAUGCGUGAUCUUCCAUUCCAUUCCAUUGCUCGGUCUCGGAACAGCUGACAGUGAAGCUUUGGGCUCCAACGUUCAAAAGGAAAAUUUCUUUAUAUCAAA